CGAUCGCACGGUUACGGGUUGAAUUAUAUCCACCACAUCAGGCCUCGUCUUGACGCGACAUGAGGUUGCCUCACUUUCUUGCUUUUCUCCCCAUUGUGCUGGCAGCACAGAUCCAUUUCGAGGCUCCAGUUUCUUCUCCUGUUACCACGAUGAACGCGCCAUCAACAUUCGCAUUCAAGGAGGGUCCUGACGUGUUUUCUCCAAAGGACUUGGUCGAACUCGGUCGCCCGGGUACUGGCGUGGCUAAUCUAGCAGGAGAUCUCGUUCUGGUUCCUUACAAUAAAUAUUCUGCAAAGGACAAGAAAGUCCAUCGGUCUAUCUUCAUCUCGCCUCUGGCGGGCCCAGGUAGGAAACCUUUCGAGAUUCCUCUCCCCAAAGGCGGUGAAGCGUUCUGGCUCGAUGGCCGCACAAUUGCCCACGUCGUCGAGGGUGAUAAGAAACUCGAUAUCUACGCGCUUGACAUUUAUUAUAGGAAGCAGGACGAUGAUGAAGUCGGCAUUGUGAGUGCGCCCAACCCUCCAACUCUGCUUGGCUCGUUCCCCACGACAACUGCUACCAACUUCCGAUACUCCUCACUCUCUGGGCAACUGGUGUUCUCCGACAACGUCUAUCCUGACGGUAACCUCUCCACCGUUAAAGAACAAGAUGAGGCUUGGGAGAACCGCGGAACUACUGCUUUGGUGUAUGAUACAACUUACGAGAGGCAUUGGGACACCUGGACUGGACCCAAAACAACAUCACUGUUCAGCGUUCGCCUCAGGCAGGACCCAGAUCAUAAAUGGCACUUCGGAUCUCAAUUCACCAACAUUCUUCAAGGAACGGGGCACAGCUCUCCCGUUGAACCAUUCGGAGGCACUGAUGAUUUUGACGUUUCCACGAGUCAAGUCGUGUAUACCGCCAAGGACCCAGAGUUGCCUGCAGCAUGGCACACCAAACAGAAUGUAUAUAUCAUUGAUAUUCUGGGCGGCAAGCCUCGGGAACUCACGUCGGGAAAACAAGGCGCGACACACAAUCCAGUAUUCAAUAAAGACGGCUCGAAAGUGGCCUGGCUGGAGCUUGAUUUAGAUGGCUAUGAAUCCGACAGGGCAAAGAUCGUCAUCUACGAUCUCAAGAAAGAUGUCAGGUACACGCUUACCCAGCAAUGGGACCGCUCACCGGAUUCCUUGGCGUUCUCUAAAACGGGCGAGUUCAUCUACUUCACUGCGGGCGAUAACGCACAGGUCAAGGUCUUCGUACUGCCGCUACCUCCCACACCUUCGAAGUCUACGACCGAUCCUGACCUCGAUACCAAGUACGUUAGUCCUGUCGCGAUAACUGAUGGACCUGCAGCCAGUGGCCUACAGUCGCUUUAUUAUGGUCGACUUCUUAUCACACAGUCUUCGUACACUUCGCCCAACGAUGUCUUCCUUGUCAGUGGUUUGAAUGACCUAGAAUCUGAAAUCGGCAGGAGUGACGCACUCGUCACGUUUGCUGGAGAGAUUAAGCAAAUCACUCAUUUCACUGAAGAUGCACUUAAGCCAAAGAACCUCAGCAAGGGAGAGAAUAUAUGGUUCAAGGGCGCGGAGGAUAAGGACGUGCAAGGAUGGAUUCUAAAACCAAAGGGCUGGAAAGAAGGGGAAACGAAGAAAUGGCCUGUUGUUCUUCUGAUCCAUGGAGGCCCCCAAAGCGCCUGGGAGGAUCAAUGGUCUACGCGAUGGAAUCCAAAUGUCUUCGCACAGCAGGGGUACUUCUCUGUACUUAUCAAUCCCACUGGAAGUACAACCUUCGGCCAAGAGUUCACGGAUGGCAUCACGGAGGAUUGGGGAGGCAAGCCUUUCGUUGACUUGCAGAAGGGAUGGAAGUACGUGUUGGAUACGUAUCCGGAGAUCGAUCCGGAUCGUGCGGUUGCUGCCGGUGCAAGCUGGGGAGGGUAUGCUAUCAAUUGGAUCCAAGGUCACCCCGAGUAUGGAUUCAACUUCAAGGCCCUCGUGUGUCAUGAUGGAGUCUUUGAUUCGAACUACAAUGGAUUCUCGACCGACGAAUUGUUCUUCUUCAAUCACGACUGGGCAGGGCGUCCGUGGGAGAAGAAGAGCAAAGAGAUAAUUGCCAAGUACAAUCCCUCUAACUUUGUGCACAAGUGGGGUACGCCACAGCUUCUCAUUCACGGGAGCAAAGAUUAUAGGCUGGCCGAAACCGAAAGUAUUGGAGCUUUCCAUGCUUUGCAGCAACGAGGCAUUCCAAGUAGACUCGUUAUCUUCCCUGAUGAGAACCAUUGGGUUCUGGAUCACGGUAACAGCUUUAAAUGGCACUACGAAGUUUUCCGUUGGUUCGACCAGUUCGUGGGCGAUAAGAGUGCAUGAUAGUUCUGCUAGCUCAGUUGCAUAGUAUACCUCUAUAUACACCAAUAUGUAUGACUGUUUUGAGUCCAUUUUGACCCUUCGCGAGCCUUUUUUACUACCAACUAGCUACAAAUUGUCCGGUAUAAUGUCCUACAAAUGUUCGUUGUCCGUGAUUUUGUGUCCAUGCUCUAUGUUUAAAAUAUUAAUGAUGCUGCGUGCUGUUGUAUAUAAGCCACGUCGUAGCCAGAUUCAUUUGCAAGCCAAACGUCUGUGAAUUCACGGCAUCAUCAGAAUCGAUAACAGAAAA